AUGAAGUUCACAUUCCUUGCUCUUUCGGCUCUGUUGGCCAUUGCCGCGGCUGAUACAACCACCGCGGAGGCAUCCGUGGUUACUUCUACCCCGGAGACUGAAUGUGCAAAGCAAUGUGACCCCAGGGACAUUUGCUGUACUGCAAAGUGCUACAAGGUUCCCUGCCCUAGCGAUAACCAGGCCGACGACACCAACAGCUGUGUUUCUGCCUGCCCCCAGGGCACCGGCACCCCUGCCGAUAUCCAGAAGUAUGCCGACUGUGAGCAGUCUUGCUACAGCUCUCACUUCUGGGGCGGCCACGGUGCGACGGCGACUCAACCUACAACAUCAUCCACCUCGACUGGCACUUCUGGCACCACCGCCACUUCAACUGGCUCGAGCUCGUCAAGCACAGAUUCCUCCGACUCAAACACUUCAAACAAUGACUCGGACAGCUCUGACUCUUCGGAUGGAACUUCGACUAGCUCUUCAACUUUCUCUCAGCAGACUGAGAACGCCGGCGCUCAUAUGAAGCUUGGUGCUUCUGCUGCUAGUCUGUUUGGCUUGGUCGCGGCUGCAUUUGCUCUGUAA